UAUGUGGUAUAGUUUAGCCCCUUUUUAAGGCCAUUUUCUCCUUUUUUUCCCUCUCUGUCUCUCUGGGGCUUGAAAGACAUUUCUGUAGCUACAAUAGUAUUUCUCUCUUACUCUGUCUUCAUCAGUGGUUGCUGUACAGUGAAUAUAGCCUAUACAUACACUGGAGUGUCAUGGCUCAGAGCUUCUAUCCUCAAUUGGAGUCAGAGUCUGGCCCACCUCAGAUUGGCUUUGAAGGUUUUGUGCCUGCUGCUACUAGUGACAGGAGCAGUGAGAAUGGAGGAGAGAGACAGAGGAUCAAUGACAAGAGAAUGAAAAAGAGCAGUUCUGAAGGCAUACAGCUGCUAUCUCCUUCACAAGACACUGACAGAAGUGAUGAGGAAGAGCGUAACACAGUCUACUUCAACGAUGGAGUCAAGAAGAUUGAUAUGAUUCUGACUUAUAAGAAAGAUGAUGAUGAAGAUGAAGAAGGCGAACCCGUAGGCACUAACAAGAAGAGCUCCAAUGCUGCCAAGAGAAAGGCCUUCUUUAAAAAAAUGAUUGAACACGGUCUGGAAAUUGAACGGCAGAAGCCUCAGCUCUACGAUCAUCAGACCUGGUUUAUCAAAGUCCAUGCAACUUUCCCAGCACUUGAGAAAGGAGCUGAGGAUCUUCUCAUCCGAAUGCCAAUACAAGAAGUUGAUCUGCCCCGUAGGGAUAAAGCUUGGUACAGGGAUGUCUUUACGAGGUGUCAUAUUCGGGAUCCUUUUACGUUCUUUGAGCCAAAGAUACCGAAACAAUUUGAAUAUAAGGACUUCUUUACUGCCCCAUAUGUUGCUGAGAAUAGACAGAAUUAUCGUGGAUCUAACAAUGAAGCUGAAUUCUUUAGUUCAGCUCAGCGAAGUACCAUUACAUGGCAUAUACUUGAGAACAUCCAGUAUGGACAGACUGAGGAGCAAGUGGGCGUGUCGCGUCUUAAAUCCGACGGAGUCUUUUCUGAUUCAUUUCCACUUCAUGACGGUCGUUUUAGGUUGAAAGGUGAACAUGAUGAGAUUGACAAUGAGAGGAAGUUAUUGUUCAAUCAAUGGUCACACCCAAAGAACUUUUAUAAGUACCAGCCAUUGGAGAACAUACGUCAUUAUUUUGGUGAGAAGAUUGGUCUCUAUUUUGCUUGGGUUGGUUUCUACACCAGUUGGCUUGGCAUGGCCUCCAUUGUUGGUAUAAUUGUUAUGAUUGCUGGACUGUUCACUAUAUCCCUUGACUACAAUGAACUGGCUCGUGAUAUUUGUAAUAAUACCCUUCGUAAGGAGUUCUACAUGUGUGCCCCGUGUGAUGAGACUUGUGAUUUCUGGUACUAUCGAUCGGCCUGUGGAUUUGCUCGUGUUUCAUUAUUAUUUGAUUUUGGAGGGACAGUGUUCUUUGCUGCCUUCAUGGCCUGCUGGGCUGUGUUGUUUCUCGAGUUUUGGAAGAGGACAGAGAAGCAGUUACAGUACGACUGGGACACUCUUGGCUUUGAGGAAGCUGAGCAAAGAGAGAGACCCGAGUUUGUUCAAGCAAUCAAAAACAAAAUAAAAGAUUAUCCGGAGGAGAAGAAGAAGCAGUACAAAGUUCACAACCCAGUUCUUGAAAGAGAUGAAUACAUACAACCCAAGCAUCAUUAUAUACCAAAGAUACUCCUUGGUACCAGUGUCCUCCUGACUAUGGUAGCAGCUGUUUUGGGCGUGGUCCUGGGUGUGCUUGUUUAUCGUCUUGCCGUCUCUACUUCUUUUUAUCGUCUCACUCAGAAGCUACCAGGUGGCCCGAGUGUUGCUGAUUUAACUGUCUCUAUCACAGGAUCUCUGAUCCAGCUCAUAUUUAUUGUGAUCAUGAAUCAAGUAUACGAGAGAUUAGCAGCCUGGUUGACAUCAUGGGAACUGCAUCGUACUACCACCGAGUAUGAGGACUCCUUCACAUUCAAGAUGUAUUUGUUCCAAUUCAUUAACUUUUACUCGUCAAUUUUCUACAUUGCAUUCAUCAAGGGAAAGCCUACUGGGUAUCCAGGAGGUUAUCUGAGGUUCGGUAUGUGGCGUUUGGAUGAGUGCUCUGCUUAUGGGUGCCUACUGGAAUUAACUAUACAGCUAGCAAUCAUUUUCCUUGGUAAACAAGUGCUUAAUAAUGUCACUGAACUAGGAAUACCUUAUUUCAAGACUAUUAUAAAGAAGUACAUGAGGCGUCGCAAAGAGAAAAAAGGUGAGAUUGUUGAGGAAGAAGAUAACAAGUUCCUACGCUGGGAAAAAGAUUAUGAACUAGUGCCACUCUCAAUACAUGGACUGUUCUUUGAAUACCUUGAGCUAGUUAUUCAGUAUGGAUUCGUUACCAUCUUUGUUGCCGCUUUCCCCCUUGCUCCAUUCUUUGCAUGGGUCAACAACGUCAUUGAGAUUCGUCUCGAUGCUCACAAAUUUGUCACCGUCUUCCGCCGUCCGCUUGCCGAGAGAGCCGGUGACAUUGGCAUAUGGUUCCACCUCCUUCGCUUUGUGACUAACCUCAGUGUGGUCACCAAUGCAUUGCUUAUUGCUGUUACCUCACAGUUCAUUGACCGGGAGCUGUUCGAUAGGGUUUAUAAGGAUGAACCUGAGUACAACAGUGGAGAUGGUAGUUAUGCUCGAUGGGCUACCUCAGAGUUCCAGUUUACUAACCUCUUGAGAUCUGUUGAUGAUUCUGGGAAGACCACCUUCCCAGUAUUCACUGCUCAGCAGUUGUAUGAAUACAAUAAUGACAGCAGCGAUAUUAUAAUGUUGAGAGGUGAAAGGAAACUGUAUUUGCCUUUUAUUGAUUAUGAUUGUUUCGCUACUGAAACCGGAAACGAAAUGUAUCGCGAAGGAAUCAAUGAAGAUGAAUACAAAGAGUUAUACCAACUAACUAACUUGUCAAUGUUUCAAAAUCUGGUAUUGAGGAAUCAAAAUCCUAAGAAUCCAACUUCAAAUAUACUGAACAUUACUGAUGGUACCUGUUUCAAAAAUGAAACCACGUGCAGAUUCCGUGGUCAAGUUAAUGAAGAUGGAACGCAUCCUUUAACCUACUGGCAUUUGUGGACUUGUAAACUAGCAUUUAUUAUUGUCUUUGAGCAUUUCAUAUUUAUACUUGGUAUAUUGCUGGACUGGCUUGUUCCUGAUAUCCCUAAGAGUGUGGAGGAUGAGAUAAGGAGAGAAAGGCUGUUAGCUUCACGAAUGUCAGCAGAGACAAAGAAGAAGGGUACAGGAGGCAAAGGAGGCUCUAAACCAAGAGAAGAGACAGCUUAAAACUAAACCACUUAUCCUCUUAUCGUUUGCUGAUUACUAUUAUUAUUAUUAUUAUUAUUAUUGUUAUGUUACUGCCACCCAUUUUAAUUUCUUUCCAAACCCUUGCUUUGUGUAGCUCAUUUAGGUUACUUAGUGUCCUAUGUUGUUGUCUCUUCCUUUGAAUAAUAAAUUUAGACAA